AUGGCAGCCGCUGCACACGGAUUCGCGUUAGUCACACCCGCGUCGCGCGGAAUUGGAUUUGCUCUCGCUCAGCAAAUACUCACACAAACGACCCUCCCCGUCGUGGCCACGGCGCGCAAAAACCACGAUGAACUUCACGAAUCCACGAUAUCCUCCAUGGCCGAAACCAUUCGCAAGGAUCUCCCCGACACGCCCCUUCGUUUGGCGUUCACGGUCCCCGGUGUCUUGCACGUGGAGAAAUCCCCCACUCAAAUCGACGCCGAUAAGGCAUUAGACAGUUUCAAAGUUAAUUCGCUGGGCCCUCUUCUUCUCAUGAAACACCUGUCACCAUUUCUCCCGAACAAAUCGGCAAAUCUGUUUCCGGAUUCCGAGGGUGGGUUGAAGCUACCCGGUCACGCCAUUUAUGCGAUGAUGGCCGCCCGAGUAGGGUCAAUAUCCGAUAAUGCCUCGGGGGGAUGGUACUCGUACCGUGCGAGCAAGUCGGCCGUUUUCCAAACAGCCAAAACAUUUGAUCUGUAUCUGCGAGGACGGUGUGCUGAGAGAGCCAUUGCGGUCGCGCUGCAUCCGGGAACGGUCAAGACGGAUUUCACAAAGGACUUUUGGAAGGGCAGAGAGAUGCUGGAUCCGAUGAACUCGGCGGAUAGGCUUUUGAAGGUUGUGGCUGGGUUAGGUGCAGGACCAGACGGUGGGAGGGGAAAAUGCUGGGACUAUAAGGGCAAGGAGGUGGUCCCAUAG